ACAGACCUUUCAACUAAGAACAUGUUUUUGGAAGUAUUCUUGGGUUUUCUAACAUUUUUAUUAAUAUGGGACUUCAUCCAUAAGCGAAGAAAAAAUAAAAUUUUCAAAAAUGCUGGCAUAAAUGGUCCAAAAGGUCUACCACUGUUUGGUAAUGUUCUAAGUACAAUUAAUGAGAAUACCGAGACCAUAUAUAACUUUAAUAAAUUAAUGCGAAGCGAGUAUGGAAAAAUAUGGAGAUUAUGGUUCUUUCAUCAUGAUGGUAUAUUCGUGCAGGAUCCUAAAUUCUUUGAAAGCAUACUCAGCAGUCAACAAGUUAUAUCAAAAAACAACUUAUACAAUCUGCUAAUUCCCUGGCUUGGGGAUGGUUUACUUCUAAGUACAGGAUCUAAGUGGCAUGCGAGAAGAAAGAUUUUUACGCCAACUUUUCAUUUUAAGAUAUUAGAGCAAUUCGUUGAAAUCUUCGAUCAACAAAGUGCAGUUAUGGCAAAAACUUUAUAUAAAAAAGCAGAUGGUAAAACUGUGAUAGAUAUGUUUCCAGUAGUAUGUCUCACAGCACUAGAUAUAAUAGCUGAAACUGCGAUGGGUGUAAAAAUCAACGCACAAAUGAAUCCAGAUUUCCCUUAUGCCAAAGCAGUCACAGAUGUUGCCCAAAUUGUUGCUACACGUGUUAUUAAAGGUAACCAACGUUUCGAUAUACCUUUCAUGAUUACUGCACCACAUAUAGCAUACAGAUUAAAGAAGCAAAUAGCACUCAUGCAUGACUUUACGGAUACGGUAAUCAAGGAUCGCAGAGUUGCAUUGGAAAAAUCAAUUGCUGAAGGAAGCAAUACACCAUUAGAUGUAUUAGACGACGUCGGAGUUAAAAAGCGAAUGGCUUUUCUGGACGUUUUACUACAAUCAACAGUAGAUGGCAAACCUUUAUCAAAUGCAGAUAUACGUGAGGAAGUAGAUACAUUUAUGUUUGAAGGACAUGACACCACUACAAGUGGCAUAUCACAUACAUGUUACCUUAUAGCCAGACAUCCAGAAAUUCAGCAGAAACUUUUUGAUGAAAUACGACAAGUUAUUGGUGAUGAUAAGAACAAAGCGAUCACGAUGAAAGAUUUACAAGAACUCAAGUAUUUAGACAUUGUUAUCAAAGAGAGUCUACGUUUAUAUCCACCAGUACCAAUAAUUGGGCGCAUUACUGAUAACGAUGUUGUAUUAGAGGGUAAAUCUAUUCCUGCAAACACAAAUAUAAUUUUGUUACUUUAUGCAGCUUUGAGAGAUCCCGAUUAUUUCCCAAAUCCGGAUGAAUUUAUACCAGAACGUUUCCUUAAUGAAAAAAUUGAUCCAUUUGCAAAUGUUCCUUUCAGUGCUGGUCCACGUAAUUGCAUUGGUCAAAAGUUCGCUUUAUUGGAAAUGAAGAGCACUAUUAGUAAACUAUUGCGCCAUUUUGAACUUUUACCAUUGGGUGCAGAAGUAAGACCAAUGCAAAAUCUGAUUCUUCGUUCUGCAAGUGGUAUUAAUGUUGGACUUCGACCUCGGGUAUACUCAUAGGCUUAGAAUCUAUGUUUGUGAAAAUAACUAUAUUUCAGGUUUUAAACCUGAAAUCAAUCUAAUCAAUAGCGUAUUAUCAAUUGUGUUAUAUACUGUUUUUAAAUUGUAAGAACACUCAUAAAUUAAAGCAAUUUAUUAUGUUUGAUAUACUUUUUGUUUAAAUGG